AUGCUCAAUUUGGUAUCUGGCUCUCGCCGCAGGGCGACGUCAAGCGCAAGUGCCCACUCCAACCGAUCGUCUGACGAAAACAACGGACAAGGCGACGAUGAUACCCUCGUUGUCGAGCCCGAUCAGGGCAACGUCCUCAUGCACAUUAUCUCCCAGCUGCGUCCCGGUGCCGACUUGAGCCGAGUCGUCCUCCCAACCUUCAUUCUGGAGCCACGCAGCAUGCUGGAAAGGAUAACAAACUUCAUGUGCCACCCUGAGAUGCUCCUACCCAUCCCCAAUAUUGAGGACCCAACCGAGCGCUUCGUAUCCGUCGUCAAGUUCUACCUGAGUGGCUGGCACAUCCGUCCUCCAGGCGUAAAGAAGCCUCUCAACCCUAUUUUGGGUGAAAUCUUCUCUUGCUACUGGGACUUCCCCGACAACACGCGCGCCUAUUAUAUCUCUGAGCAGACCUCUCACCACCCUCCUAAGUCGAGCUACUUCUACAUGGUCCCGGAAUACAACAUUCGCGUCGAUGGCACGCUCAAACCCCGCAGUCGCUUCCUGGGCAACUCGGCCGCCAGUCUGAUGGAGGGUACCGCGAUCCUGAGCCUUCUGAACCGCGGCAAGGAUGGCAAGCCGGAGAGAUACAUCCUGACACAGCCCAACAUGUAUGCCCGGGGCAUUCUUUUCGGCAAGAUGAAGUACGAGCUUGGCGAUCACAGCUUCGUCCGCUGCCCAGAGCUCGGCCUGACCGCCGACAUUGAGUUCAAGACCAAAGGUUGGGUUGGCGGCACCUACAAUGCUAUUGGGGGCACGGUCAAGAACGAAAACACCGGCGAAGUCCUGUACGAGCUCUCCGGGCUCUGGAGCGAGGAGAUGACGAUUAAGAACGUCAAGACUGGCCACAAAGACAUGUUUUUCAACGCGCUGAAGUCCAAGCCUUCACCGCCCUCGGUCCGCCCCAUCGAAGAACAAGAGGCCAGAGAGUCGCAGCGGCUGUGGCAACGGACGGCCUCUGCCGUGAAAGAGCGCAACCACGAGCUCGCAACAGAUGAGAAAACCAAAGUCGAGGAUAUGCAGCGUGAGGAGGCUGCUGCUCGGACCCAAGACGGCGUCGAGUGGACCCCGCGCCUCUUCCGGCGGGUCAACGGCGGCCCCGGUGGCUCCGAGGAAGGCGAGGAAGAUCUGGAAUGGAUCAUCAAUGCGCAAAUUGAUGGCGAAACGCCGCAAGCCCAGGCGGACCAAAUCCUUGCCAUAUACCCCGUGCUGCCCGGCCAGACGUCGAAGCGCGAAAGCAAAAUUCCCAUCAUCCCUGCUCACAAGUCUGUCGAAAAGUCUCCUGGCGCGACCGCCAGCAAUACCGGCGCUGCAGGUGCAUCAGGUGCUGCUGGUGCUGCCGGUGCUGCCAAUGCCGCCGGUGCUGCCUCAACCCCUGCAGUAAAGAGCGGCGACCUGAUUGAUGUCGGGGAUGGCGAAUCUUCCAAGCCUUCUGCGGCGCCACUGGCCAGCGAUGGCGCCGACAAGAUCUCAGAGCUGCUGUCUUCGACGGGCAAGCCGGCGCCCGCAGGCCCGCUCAUGGACUUCAACAAAGACCUGGACAAGCACCUACCUACAAUUAAGCGUUCUGACACGAGCGGGUCGCAAGACAUAUUCCAUGAUGCCGGAAACUAG